GCCAUCCUGUCAAUGUCAAGUAUUAUUGAAUUCGAAUUUAUGCCGCACGUGUUUUCGGGGCGAAUUUAAACUUUAUGAUUUAGAUUUACUUGUUUUUAUAUAAACAUAGUGAUACAAAAUGGGACGAAAAGCAAAGUUUGAUGAAACAAAGAAAGUCAAAAAGGGCCCUGGCCGGAAAGCGCGCAAGCAGCCUGCACCAGUUUUCAGGAAGGAAUUAUUGGAAGAUGAAGAUACUCCUAAGAAGUUAACGCACAGACAGAAACAGAGAGUGGCACGCAGAGCCAAGAAGAAGGCAGAACUACUUGAGAAGAGGAAGGCGUCCAAAGAGGCCAAGAAAAACAAUGCAAAAGAGGUUGAACCAGAGGUUGAAAGUGAAGAAGACGGCUCAGCGGAUGACAGCUCUGAUGAAGAAGUGGCCCAAGCAUUUACUGAUGACAACAAGGAGUGGCUUAAACCUAAAGUAAAGGGGAAGAAACAAAAUAAAAAAGAAGCAGAGAGUGACAGUGGCAAUGAUGAUGAUGCGUCUGAUGAUGACGAGGAAGAGGAUGAAGAUGCUUCUGACAAUGAACCAAAAAAAGUAAAGAAAGGCAAAAAAGAAAAUUACAAGGUGGGAACUCUGGAUGACCUAUUUCAAGAUUCUGAUCAAGAAAAUGGAGAUGCUGAGUCAGAUUCUGAAGAUGAGGGUGCCGUCAGCAGCGGCAAACUGGACUAUAACUCCUCCAGUGAAGAAGAAGAAAAGAGUGAUGAUGAUGAAGAUGAUGAUGAUGACAUGCUGCCUAUUGAAAAGGCCAACAUAAAACUAAAGAAAAAGCAGAAAUUAGACAAAAAACUUGCUGAUGAGGAAAUGCAACUCAAUAUUGCCAAACAAGAUGUAUUUGCCUUCCCAUCUGAAGAAGAACUUGAAAACCCAACAAGCCUUCAGGAUGUACUGCAGAGGAUCAAAGACGUGGUUGCAGUCUUAGGAGACUUCAGCCGGUUAAAGGAUGAAGGCAGAUCCAGAUGUGAAUACACAGAACUGCUGCUCAAAGACCUCUGUAUGUACUACAGCUACAAUGAGUUCCUGAUGGAAAUCCUUAUGCAGAUAUUCCCAGUGCAGGAGCUGGUUGAAUUCUUGGAAGCUAGUGAAACACAGCGACCUGUGACUAUUAGAACCAACAGUCUCAAAACUAGAAGAAGAGAUCUGGCCCAGGCUCUCAUUAACAGAGGUGUAAAUUUGGACCCUGUUGGCAAGUGGAGUAAAGUGGGUCUUGUGGUUUACAGUGCAACAGUGCCUAUUGGGGCUACACCAGAGUAUCUCGCCGGGCACUACAUCCUGCAAGGAGCUUCAAGUUUCCUGCCGGUAAUGGCGCUGGCUCCACAGGAGACUGAGCGGAUCCUGGACAUGUGUGCAGCUCCCGGUGGAAAAGCUUCGCAUAUUGCUGCUCUCAUGAAGAACACAGGCGCCCUGUUCGCUAAUGACGCAAACAAAGAGAGGACCAAGGCCAUUGUUGGUAACUUCCACAGGCUGGGAGUGGUGAACGCAGUCAUUUGCAACUAUGACGGCCGACAGUUCCCUGAUGUUAUUAAAGGUUUCGACAGAGUACUACUGGAUGCGCCAUGCACUGGGACAGGCGUUAUAGCCAAGGACCCCAGUGUGAAGACUACAAAGGACCAGAAAGAUAUUCAGAGAUGUUUCAAUUUGCAGAGACAGCUGUUGCUGGCUGCUAUUGACUGCUGCAAUGCCAAGUCAAGCACCGGAGGGUAUGUUGUUUACUCCACUUGUUCAAUCCUUCCUGAAGAGAAUGAAUGGGUUGUAAACUAUGCACUGAAAAGGAGGAAUGUGAAGCUGGUGCCCACAGGGCUUGAUUUUGGGACGGAAGGAUUUGUGAAGUACCGCCAGCACCGGUUCCAUCCAUCACUGAAGCUGACGAGAAGGUUCUACCCUCACACCCACAACAUGGAUGGAUUCUUUGUGGCCAAAUUACAAAAGUUCUCUAAUGUAAUUCCUGAACCUGUCAAAGAUGAAGAUGAAGAAGCAGAAGGUGAAUCAAAUGAAAACAACGAAGGAGAGCAAAAUGGCGUUGCAGGCUCAGAUGAGAAUACUCAAAAGAAACCUGGAAACAAGAGACCAGCAGCAACAAAUGGACCGGGACCCAAGAACAAGAAAAACAAACUUAAUAAUGAAAAGGUUCAACAAAAAGGCGGGGAAGCAAACAGUAAUAAGAAGAAAAACAAGAAUAAAAAAGGGGAGAACAAGGCAAAUAACAUAGACAAGAAUGCUAAGGCAGAUAAUGGUCAAACCCCAGGCUCAGCUAAUCAAGGACAGGGUAAGAAGAAAAACAGGAAGAAUAAGAAGAAAAAUAAGAAUAACACUAGUACAGACAAUACACAAGCUAACCCAGAACCUAAAGUCAAUGCGUCUCAAAAAGUAAAUAAUGAUAAAAAGUCGCCUGCAAAUGUUAAAUCUCCAGUUGCCAGUGAUAAGAAACCAGAAGUCAAUGCCCCGAAAUCAGAGGCAGGUGCUACUAGUCCUAGCAAAAAGAAUAAGAACAGGAAAAAGAACAAAAAUAAACAGACUGGUGAAAACAAGCAAGAAGCGGCAGUAGUUGUUAAAACAACAGCUAAAGUGACAGAAACCGUAGAGCAAGCAGCUGCUAAGAAACUUAAAAAUAAGUUAAAGAAGAAUAAAAACAAAAAACAAAUUGGUCAGCUAAAUACAGAAAAGGUCAAACCGCAGAGUGAAGAUUCUAAAAACAAACAGGGAAUAGGAAAAAAGUUCAAGAAAAAAGUCAAAUAGUAGGUAAGGAAAUGAAAUACCUAAUCUAAUUUUAUUUUAAUUUUUUAAGUAAAUAAAUGACUUAAAUAUUUAAA